CUUGCAUUCUACCAGCAAGCUUUGAAUUUAUCCUCCAAGAAGAGCCUCACGUCCAUGAUUUCCUCGAGUUCAUAACCUCUCGUUCCAGAUACCCAUUUCCUCCGUCCUGUCUCUCACUCCACGUCCGCCAUGUCUCACUCCCUCCCACCCAACGUUCACGUCUCAACACACCCAUGUCUCCAAGCCAAGCUCUCUCAACUGCGAGCCAGCACAACCAACGCCCGAGAAACAAAAGCUCUAGUCCACGAGAUAUCAUUCAUAGUCGGCUGCGAAGCCACCGCCGCCGGCCUCUCAGCCGUAAAAGGGCCAGCCGCCAAAACUGCCCUAGGCUACGAAUACACAACAACGACCAUCUCACCCUCGACAAUCUCCCUCGUGCCAAUCCUCAGAUCCGGGCUCGGCAUGCUCGACGCCAUCCAAACCCUCCUCCCACACGCCGUCCCAGUCCAUCACCUCGGACUCUUCCGCGAACCAGUAACACUUGAACCCGUGGAAUAUUACAACAACCUACCCUACCACAUCCCCGCGCCGUCUUCGCCGUCGAAUAGCCACAACACCUCCGCGUCCGAAUUAGCCAUCUUACUCGAUCCCGUUAUAGCGACGGGAGGAACGAGUGCGGCCGCAAUUCAAACACUGAAGGAGUGGGGCGUUAAAAGGGUUAUCGUGAUUGCGGUUUUGGGAGCUGUGCCUGGUAUGUUGAGAGCGGCGAAGGAAUGGGAGGAGGGUGUGGAGAUUUGGGUUGCGGGUGUGGAUGAGGAUUGUAAUGAGAGGGGGAUGAUUAGACCUGGUCUUGGGGAUGUGGGGGAUAGGUUGUUUUUGACGAUUGGGAAGUGAGAGGAAAGGAGAGAGGGUAGGUCUUUGAAUUGAAUCAUGGUUACUGGUGUUUUGUGGCUUUAUUGGGAGGAUACCAGGUUAGAUGCUAGCUUUUUGGUAAGAGCAAUGCUCAAUAAGAAGAAUGUCAGUCAAGACAAUUUGAGUAAACCUUG